CGCCCCUGACAGUCCCCCGGUGUUCUUAGGGUGAACUGGUAUGUUUCUAGGAAAGCUCACUACUACUGGGUGUCCGAGCUGUCAGAAAGCAACACUAACAUGGCUGCUGGAACCCGUAUCUGCUGCAGCUUGAGAAAUGCCAGAACCUUCUUCGCUCGGUGCCACAACAGAAGCGAGCAGCGGUUGUUUUCCAGCUCUACGCACCAGGAGAAUGAGCUUGAACUCCGAGAUUCCUCAGUGGCCGCUGCAAACUUCCAGACCAGACCCAGCUUGGAGAGAUUAACAGACGAGAAGGUUCUGCCGUUUUCAGCUUUCUUGACUGACAGCUUUGGCCGCAGACAUAACUAUCUUCGCAUCUCUCUGACUGAGAAAUGCAACCUUCGCUGUCAGUAUUGCAUGCCAGAAGAGGGAGUGAAGCUCACGCCGCGGGGCCAGCUGCUCUCCACCUCCGAGGUGCUGACCCUUGCUCAGCUCUUUGUCCGAGAGGGAGUGGACAAAAUCCGCCUCACUGGAGGGGAGCCUCUCAUCAGACCCGAUGUUCUGGAUAUCAUUGCUGAACUGAAAAAGCUAGUGGGUCUGAAAACUGUUGCAGUUACAACCAACGGGAUUAACUUAUCCAGGCUUUUGCCGAAGCUGAAAGAUGCUGGACUGGACCUGAUUAACAUCAGCCUCGACUCUUUGGUUCCAGCAAAAUUUGAGUUUGUAGUCAGGCGAAAAGGUUUUCAUAAAGUCAUGGAGAGCAUUGACAAAGCAGUUGAAUUGGGCUACAAUCCAGUCAAGAUCAACUGUGUGGUGAUGAGAGGCCUGAACGAGGAUGAGCUCUUAGAUUUUGUGCAGCUCACAGAGAAGAAGCCUCUGGAGGUUCGCUUCAUUGAGUACAUGCCAUUCGAUGGAAACAAGUGGAACUUUAAGAAGAUGGUGAGUUACCAGGAGAUGCUGGACCAGAUCAGGCAGCAGUGGCCCAACCUGGAAAGGCUUCAGUCUGGACCUGCUGACACUGCCAAGACUUUUAACGUUCCUGGUUUCAAAGGUCAGCUCGGCUUCAUCACCUCCAUGUCAGACAAUUUCUGUGGCUCCUGUAACCGUUUGCGCAUCACUGCAGAUGGAAACCUCAAGGUGUGUUUGUUCGGUAACUCUGAAGUUUCCCUCAGAGAUAUUCUCCGUUCUGGAGCGUCUGAUGAGGAGUUAUUGCAAAUUAUCGGAGCUGCUGUGGGCAGAAAGAAGAAGCAACAUGCAGGCAUGUUCAGCAUCUCUCAGAUGAAGAACAGACCUAUGGUCCUCAUUGAUUUCUUCGAGAUGUUUCUCACAAGGCCAGAAAACCGACAAAAGGCUUCAUUCAUCUUUACUGAGCUAAAACGUGACCCGUUCCUUUAUCUGACUGCAUCUUCUGAUGAGUCUCGUAAGGAGUUUCUGUGCCUUCCUGGCUGCACUGCUUCAACACAGACAGCCUUUAGUUGCUGCUUUAAGACCUCAUUGAGUGGCCGUUCACUCAUUAAGACCCAUAUUAGCAAAGAGAAGUGCCACGAUGUGACGCCGCUUCACUCCUCAGACUAUGAUUAUGAUCUCAUUUUCACCAGCCGUCACACUAAGAAAUGCACAAAUAUGAGCUUCAUUAAUGAAGACCCCCUCAGGUACAAACAAUCCAGUGUUCCUAACAACCCAAGGAGCCAGUCCCUUUCUGCUUUUUGCACACCGAAUGCCAAAAUGAAUCAAAAAAAUCUAAGUGUCAGGUUGUUUCACAGUCAAAGUUCUGGUGAAGAGCACAUGCAUAACACCCCAUCAGCCUUAGACAGCCCCAGUAGUGCUAAACCCCAGCUGACGCACACAGACGCCGAGGGCCGAGCAACAAUGGUGGAUGUUGGGGGGAAGCUUCCCACACUUCGAACAGCCACAGCCAAUGCCACUGUCAUCCUGGGCACCGUCGCUUUCCACCUCCUCCGGGAUAACCAGCUGGCUAAAGGUGAUGCUUUAACUGUGGCUCAGCUGGCCGGCAUCAUGGCAUCGAAACAGACUUCUGCCCUCAUCCCGCUUUGCCACCCGCUCCCGCUGGACCACGCCUCCAUCUCAUUUCAGCUGGAUGAGCUGCACUGCUCUGUUAUUAUCACUGCAACCUGUCACACCACGGGUAGGACAGGCGUGGAGAUGGAGGCGCUGACGGCCGCCUCCGUGGCAGCGCUUACGGUCUAUGAUAUGUGCAAGGCCGUGAGCCACGACAUUGUCAUCACGGAUGUGAAACUGCUCAGCAAGACGGGUGGGAAGAGGGACUUUUACCGUCAAUGAACACAGGAAAACUGAACUGCAAGAUGAAGAAAGUCUUUUUCUGCAAACCCAAAUGUGUACCAAUAACUCGAGCUUAUACACAAUCACAAAAUUCCAUAUUCAUCCAAAAACAAUUAGAUUUUUUCUGGACAUUUAAGUACAAAUUUUUAACUCUGAACUUGCCUGAGUAGUAGUCAGGUCUUAAAAUCUGUAGGAUCUAACAGAGAAAAUGGCUUUCUGGCAUUUGUACUUAGAUCAGUUCCAUUUCAAAAUCAGUAACUCUUUUCGUAAUCCUCCUGCGUUCUUGGCAUGAUGCUCAGGAGGAGUGCAGCAGAUGUAACGGUCUGACUGCAGGGAAGCGUGAGUAGAACAGGGGGCUUUGAGGAGUAUCCCGUUAGACCGCUAGAUAAAAGGCGGGGAGAGUAGGAUAAAUGGCUUGGUCCAAAGGACCCACGUCUCUUAAGACCACAGGAGUGUUAAGAAUGGAACACCCACUCAACGUUGACCAGAAGCAUGAGUUGUGAAUUUUGACAUUUUUGUGAAAUUUCUAAAAAAUUUAAUUGUUCUGCAUUUCAGAUCAAGCUUAAAAACCACAAGUACAAUUUAACCUGAACUUGGAACCUUUUUGCUACUCAAGAACUUUUUUAUUUCUAUUCAUGAGUGGGAAAACCGAGAGGUAUUGUGGCAAGUGGAGGCAGAAGUUUUUUACUAUCUGAUGCAGAUUAACAUAAAAUCACAUCACUUUUUAAACAUUAUAAAGCUUAUGUCCUUGGAAUAUAUGAAAAGGACAUCCCACUGUUUUCCAGACUUUUUCAAACUGUCUCUCUUUAAAAGCCUCUUCAAUCACAUAAUAAAAUCUGAUUUGUAAUUUCCUGACCUUUACAUUACUUGAAGAUUAAUUUGUCUUUACCUCUAAUUAUUUUAGCAAAACAGUGUUCAUUCUUCGUUUAAUUUCUGUUUAGUAAAAAACUCAGUGUCAUACAUGAGCUUAUUUUUUCCUCUUUCUGUCUACAGACACUACAAACCUACUAAAUGUGUUUCUCAGUUACAACUAACUGAAUGUUGAUGUUUACAUUCUGAAUGUCCUUAAUUAUCUGAAGUUAUAUUUCACAUCAUAUCUGAUUUGCAUUGUACCUAACACCAUGGAUGUUUUUUUUUUUGUUUUUUUUUUUACAGUUUAUUAUGUUAGCUUAAUGCAGCCUAACUUUUCAUUAUCUUGCUUUUAUAAAAUAGAUUUCUGCAUUUUUGUACUUAACAUGAUUUCUUUAGUCCACUUUGUAGAUUAUAUGGGUUUUACAUAAGACAAUGGUGGUCCUGACUAUGGUCUGAGCAUUAGUUUAUUUUCUCAUAAUAAAAAGUUGUAUUCACUGAGCUCAAAUGUCAACUCAAAUUUUACAAACAUAUGCAGACAAGUUUCCAGGGACUUAUUGUAAAUUUAUAGUACAAUAUUUUGUUUUGUGUAGAAACUAUAGGUCUCUGUGAAAAAUUAUUUCACUGAGUUUGAAUCCAGAACAUGAUUUAAUGUGAAGUAACAAGUGAGCAAACUGGACACCCAUUGAGUUUUAUUUCAGUUAAAAUAUAAGCUGUUUUUUUUUUUUUUUUAAACCAAGAACUUGACAGUUAUUGAAACAAAUAUAAUCUGGACUAAUGACGGUCCUAACAUGUUGAUCUAAUUUAAUAAAACAUGAUUCUGAUUCAU